UUGCUAGUAUAUAUGAUAUAUAGAGAUAUCGAUAAACCGUACAAUUUCGCGAUAAAAACAAAACAGUUUUCAAUAAACUUGGUGUAGCACAUACAUCUUACUAAAUGUCUUUAUGACAUGACCUAUAGAAAUAAAAUGAAUAGCAGACCAGUAUUAGUAAUAUUUUUAUGCGCGAUGUUAUGUAUGAUGUUAUACCAUGCAACUAAUGGAAGCAGUGUUGUUCAAAACAAAAUUGUUUUUAAGUCAAAAACUUUCGAAAGUGGAUAUUUUCGGCAUAUCUACGUCAUCACACCUACGUUCAAAAGACCGGAACAAAUACCUGAAUUGGUUAGAUUAUCGCAAACAUUAAUGUUGGUACCCAAUCUAACAUGGCUGGUUAUAGAAGAUGGUUAUGAAAGGAACGAAUUAGUUGAAAAUAUCCUUAAAAAGUUUGGAUCAAGAUAUCAGUAUUUAUUAGCACCAAUGCCUGAAAAAUAUAAAAGUAGAUCUAAUCGUCCCAGAGGAGUAUCCAAUAGAAACAAAGGAUUGGAGUGGAUAAGAAACUAUACAAAAACAGGUGUAGUUUAUUUUGCUGAUGAUGAUAAUACGUAUGACAUCGAAUUAUUCAGGGAAAUCAGAAAAACACAGACAGUGUCCAUGUUUCCUGUUGGUUUGGUUACUGAAUUAGGAUUAAGCUCUCCGAUUGUACAAAACUGCACUUUCACGGGUUUUUAUGAUGGUUGGAUUGCCGGCAGAAAGUUUCCAGUGGAUAUGGCUGGUUUUGCAGUUUCUGUAGAAUUUCUUUUAUCACGUCCGAAUGCUGAGAUACCUUAUGAGGUUGGAUAUGAAGAAGAUGGAUUUUUGAAGAGUUUGUCACCUCUCGAACCCAGCGACAUACAGUUGUUAGCUUCGUGUUGUUCUAAAAUAUUAGUUUGGCAUACUCAAACUGUAAAGAAUAAACCAGCAAAGAUUUCUCAUUCAUAUGACAAUACAAAUAUCGAAAUAUUAACAAAAUUGAUUGUUUAGUGAUAUAUAAAACUUGUAAAAUAUUAGUGAACGUGAAUGUACUUUAUAAAUGACUCAUGAAAUUACGAAGUGUUCGCUGCUUGCAAUGCAGUUUUUUGUCUAUUCGUGAGAGUCCAGGUUUCACAGCCGUAAGUCAAUAUUUGUCAAUAAAUUGCAUUGUUAACAUU